CGAGGAUACAGUGUUGCGGCACAUUGCGUCGACUUCCCUGGAACAGACCACUUGUACUACAAUGAAACUACUCGUAAUCCUCAUGCUGGUAGCAGUGGCGCUGGGCGCGGCCAGCGCUGGCUACAUCCGCAGCGGCUGGAGCCCCAGCUACAGCGUGUACUCCAGCUACCCGUUGAACAGCGGCUGGGGUAGUAACGGCUGGGGUAGUAACGGCUGGCGUAGCGGCGGCUGGGGUGGUAGCAGCGGCUGGGGUGGUAACGGCGGCUGGAACGGCGGUUGGAACAAUGGUGGAUGGAACGGUGGCUGGAACAGUGGCUGGUAGUAGUCAACUACUAGCGAUAAAGCCAUGACGAAAAAUUUUUUUUUUAUAAAAAAUUAGUAACUAAGAAAGUCACCUAAUUGUACCUUUUUAACAACAAACGUCCUGAUUUUCUAUUCAUUUCACUUUUUUAUUGUUUUGUUUUGAUUUCGAAAUACAAUGAAACAAUUCUUGUUCAAACGCUAACUGAUAAACAUCCAGUAGCUGUGACAAUGUAACCGCAAUCAAGAACCAUUGCUUGUAUUUCAUACAAUAAAUAUUUUAUUUUAUUAUCGAAAUCAA